AUGAUGCUGCUCUUAAAUUUGAUAGCAUUGUUUUCUGCAUUUAUUCGUGAAUCGCGAGCCAAUGAAGCAAUCGCUAUUGUUUUCGAGAACUGGGACUUUGGAAAUUACAAUAGUCAUUCCUAUGAGCUGCUGAUUGUCGUCAUUCUUGCUAUCAUCGUUCUUGCAGCUUUUAUAUUUAUUGUCUCAUUGCUUUUUCGAAAAUUGUUUUUAUGGUGUAUUGAGCAAAAUAAAUACAAAACAUGUGAUGUUGAAGCCGUUGAGAAGCCGGAAAAAUGGUUACAUUCUAAGGAGAAGAUGAUGGCCGAGGAGAACGAUGAAGAUCUGGAGCAAGUUUUGGAACUCGUCCGACUUCAAGGCGAUCCGGCUGUGGAAGAAGCGCAAUUGGUGAUUGACGAUGAAUUCAACAAUGGCUGA